AUGGACUCCGCCAUCCAAACCCUACGCAACACCUUCCCACCCCCCCAGGUCCUCGUCCCCACACACUCCCUCUACACCCUCCUCAACAAAUCCUACCACGCAGGCCAACAAGCCGACCACCGCCCCGCGGCCAUCUUCCUCCCGCGUGGCCGCCAGGACGUCGUGCGCUUCAUGCGCCUGAUGAAGCCCUUCUUCGUGCAAGGCGACAUCACCCUCGCCAUCCGCAACGCCGGCCAACAGCUCACCGCCAACUGCGCCAACAUCCACAACGGCAUCACCAUGGACCUGUGUCUGCUCACGGGCAUCCGGUUCCGGGCUCAUGAUAACAUCGUAAUGAUUGGAGCGGGGGAGAGAUGGGGACUGGUCUAUGAGGUUCUGGCCGGCGGCCUCUCCCUCCUCUCCCCCCGUGAAGGCUUCGCCUGCGACAAUGUCGUCAACUUCGAAAUCGUGCUCCCCUGCGGCACCACCGUCCACGCCAACGCGAAUCACCGCCGCGACCUCUUCCUUGCGCUCCGCGGCGGCGGGAACAACUUCGGCGUCGUCACCCGCUUCGACAUGCGCACGUUCCCGCAGGGUCCCCUGUACGGUGGCUGUCUGUACUAUGAUCUGGGUGAGAUGCCGGGGCAGGUCGAGAAGCUGGUGCGGUUUCUGAAGGAUCCGGUGGCCGGUAAUGCUGGCGAUGUGGAUGUGGAUGUGAGGAUGGGGUUGACGUACGCGAAGAAAUGGGACGGCGUGUUGGGGAGGAAUGAGGUCUGGUAUACGAAGCAUGUGGAGGAGGGGGAGGAGGAUGUGGUGGAGAGAGGGCUGGAGGGGUGUCCGUUUGUCGAGGUGAAGAGUAGAAUGAGCGUUUUGAAGAUGGUGAGUCUUUCGGAGGCGGCGCAGGUGAAGGUGGAUGAUGUGGAGGGGCAGAGGAGAUGCACCACCAUGAACACAACCGUCAAAGCACACGCCCCGACUCUCCUCGCUGCCUGCACCACCUUCCUCAACUCCAGCAACACAAUGGAUCACAUCCCCGGCCUGUACUUCUCCCUCACCCUGCAACCCUACCCCGUCGGCAUGCUGCACAAGUCCUCCCUCCUGGGCGGCAACUCGCUCGGCCUGAAACCCGCCGACGGCCCGCUCGUCGGCAUCAUCCUCGUCGCCUACUGGGACGACGCCAACCACGACGAGGAGGUCCUCCGCGCCAUGAAGUGGGUGCUCGGCAAGGUCGAGGAUGAGGCCGCCGACCGCCGCACCGGCUUCCCCCUCAAGCUGAUGAACUAUGCGGGCGAGUUUCAGGAUCCGAUCGCCUCGUAUGGACCCCAUAAUCGGUGGAAGUUGGGGGAGGUCAGUCGGAAAUGGGAUGCUGAGGGGGUGUUUCAGAAACUCGUGCCGGGGGGGUUUAAGUUGUUGACUUAG